AUGAAUUCUAAAUCCCUCAUAGUCGGCUCGAAGGGCGUGCUGGACUACUUAGGCAACCUGUCUCUGCCGCAGAUCCGCAAACUGUUCUCCAUCCUCAGCGUCCUCGCGUUCAGAAACACCCAGGAAUGUGCCAACAUACAGGAUGAGUUGCACAUUGUCAUCAGGAAACAGCUGUCCAGUAACAGUCCCAAGUAUAAGCGGAUUGGCGUGAUCGGCUCCCUCAUGAUCGUACGCAACAUGGCGUUCCGUCAGGAGCCCGGUCAAGGGAGGGAGCUCUCUACAGAAAUGUACAACACUAUUGUGUCGUUGCUGGGGCAAGUCAGGAGCAGUAGCAGUAAAAUGCCUGAGGCGUCAGCACUGUUCUUUGAUGAAUUGGCCAACAUUGUGGAACAGCGACAGCUGGACCAGAAAGUAGAAGAAUUUAUAGGCGAUAGCAUUCUGAAUGACUUUCAAGAUGACUUUGUUGUCGACGUCGAAGCUGAUCAAGUCUCGGGGGACUACGGUUUGCCGUUGAGUGAGGUGUACGGUCUGGAAGCUGAAGAGUCCCAGGGGGGCGUGGCCAUCAACCUGCUGCCCCUCGUCAGUAAGGCGGAGAGGGCCCAGCUGAACCUUGGCUCAUUGCCAAAUGAGGAAUCAGAAACUGACAGAUCUCGCACUGUCUCGCCCCUCUGCAUGACUCCCCACUUCCGCCUGCUGAGGAUGUGUGAGAUGGCGCAGAACGAUAACAUGGAGGGGAUCGAUGCACUGUUAGGCUGCCCACUCUAUAACGUCAGCAAUGAAGUCAUAUCUAAGAUCAGUUCCUUGGCCAAGAAUGAGCGAGAGAUGCUCUGCACUUGUCUGUUCCUGACCAUCAACUGGUUCAGAGAGAUUGUGAAUGCCUUCAGUGGACUGACAGAUGCUGAGAUGCGGGGCAAGGUGCUGGCGAGACUCAAGAACAUCACAGAAGUCCAGAAACAUCUACAGACGUGCUUGGCAGAAACCCCUAACUUCAGCCCGCCCCUGGCCAACUUUGACAACGAUUCAGUUCUGAGUAGCGAUGGUGCCUCAACUUCCACAUCCGGCCCAACGAACACAGCUACCGUCGGGAGCAAAAGAGGACGAAAGCCCAAGGAGAAGGAGAAAAAUGCCGCCAACACAUCCGGUAUCUUGAACGACACCGUUGCUCACUCCAGCACCCAGGACACAAGCCUGGACACAACCCAGAACACAACCCAGAACAGAUCUACAGAUACCGAAGCGGGCGGGUCAGAGUCUGUCACCAAGGGGGCUGUGGACUUGUCUCGGUAUAGGACUUACUUUAGGGAGCUCGACAUUGAUGUCUUCAAUAUACUUGGCUGCGGACUGGUGACGAAGAGUGUCUUAGAUUCAGAGAUGCACACAAGGGAGGUUGUGGUGCUGAAGCUUCAACCGCCAGAGCUCCAUUUCCUUUUGGAAGACCUGAGCCUGAAGUUGGACCACGCACUACUGGCGUCUUCUACCAAGAGGAGAACUUUCCUUAAGACCAAAUCCGACAAGAAUACAGGCUUCUCCCACCUGAAUCGCUUCACUCCUCGUGAAAUUGCCGUCAAGGCUAUCAAGCUCUUGCCUCAUCUCUGUGAUCAUCUUGAAUCCAGCAGCGCAUUCUUCCAGGCCCUCGUAGAGCAGAAUGACGGGGUCGUUGAUGGUCCUGGUGCCAAUACUCCUGAAUACCACGAAAUUGCAACGUGUCUGCACCUCCUACUCAAGUCACUGCUCUCUCUCUUCUCAUGGAAUGGCUUUGCGUCCAGUGAGAACAAGUCCUUGUUCUUGGAUGCCUUGAAAGUCUUGACAUCCCGUAUCAAGAGCAGCGGACGAACGCAACUCACAGCCAAACAACUCCACAAGCACGCUUUCAGCUACUUGGAGAAGUUCUUAGACACAGUGCCUGACUUGUCUUCAGCCAUCUUCCUGCUUCGUCUUCUUGUCUCUCUCAGCGAACACUCUGAGACAACCGAUAACAGUGAGAGUAUAGCCGACAUGGCCGAAGGUCUGUUGAAGCGAGAAUGGUUGAACCAGGACGGCCUAAUAGAGAAAGGUGCCAAACACAACGAACUCCUCCAGUCACUGCUCAGAAUCUACCUGUGUCAUACACCUGACGUUCUGAAGAGCAUUCAGGACAUCUGUACCAUCGCGAUCCCAGAACUCAUAGACAGCAAUGAGAGGACGGGCUACUCUACUACCUACCAAACCCUCAACAGAUUGACGUUUGGAACUUACUAUCGCGUCCUAUUUGACCACCUGACUACCUACCUUCGUGACCUUUACGCCAGAGGGGCGUCCAAGCGCGGCGGUCACUUGACCGAAGAGCGACUGAUUCGCUGGAGCAUGGCCGUCCAUGUCUUCCAUGUCCUGAUAAGUCUUCUCAAGGUGUUUGAAGCAAGGAGCAAUCUGACGUCUGCACUCAAGUAUGGACGUGUCUUCAUUGAGCUCUUCCUGAAACACGGGAUGCCUCUACUCGACAGGCUGUUCCCAUCACAGAGGGAAGAAGUCUUGAAGCUGUUGAAAACCCUGCAGCAAAGCACCAGGUCACUACAUCACGUGUGUAGUCAUUCUAAGGUUGCGAAGGAUGUAUCGUUGACCAAUCACGUACCGGCCGUCAAACGCAACCUGGAGCUGUUUGUGUAUCGAGUCAAGGCCAUGCUGGCUCUGCAUAAAUGCCAAGAGGCGUUCUGGGUGGGCAACCUCAAGAACAGAGAUCUACACGGCGAGGAGAUUUUGUCCCAGCAAACCAAUGAUUCAGCGAGCGAGAACGGAGAUGAUGCAGAUGAAGACACCGAGCUUCCCUCAGAAGACAGCAGCAGCGGUGAUGAGUCAACGACCACUAUGGGGCAAGAGGAGAAAUCUGACAGCGAUGAUGAGUCGUGCAGUGAGAGUUUCUAACAAGGACGUACCAAGCUCAAACAAAGUAAGCCAUCAAGAUACACUGUUUGCAUUCAGCGGCCAUCUUGGAGGUGUCUUUGCUGGUCCCAGAGGGCCAGCCUAGGGUCGUUAUUGUACCAUGUGACUGACUGUCACUUGUGAAUUAGACUUGAUUCAGUCACACCAAGGCCAGAGAUGCCAUUGUCCGGUUUAAACCGUAAUUUUGAGUUUUUUUAAAUCUCACCAAAUUCCAGUUUACGGCCUAAAAAAAAAACUGGAAAAAGAGCAGAAAAAUUUUGGAAAUGCAUUGAUUUUUACCUCGUUUUUAAUAGCGCUCUGGCACAACAUUGUUCGUUGAAGUAGUCUUAAAAACAAGUCUUUGUUGUUGCCGAGCCUGCAUGCGAUACAGGCGGCCGAUGUACAUACUUGCACGCAGUAUACAACGGCGCCUCGCGUGCUGCAUGCACCGUGUGUGGGCGUGUUGUGCGCUAAGCACACGUAGCAUUCAGCCUGGAAAUCAAGUCUAUCAUUUCAGUUAUCGAUGGUUCCUAAUCGCAGUGAUAUAUGUGAACACAAAAAAAACGCCGGGUACCAACCAUAUUUUCGUGUAGUGCAAAGGUCAUGUACACCGACAGUGUUGUGGAAUCGUGCGUGUUUCCGAUGUUUCGUGUCGAAUAUUACGUUGGAAAUUCGGGUAGGCAGAAAAAAUAAUAGGAAUAUGGAAAAAUCAAAGUGAUUGAACGAACCGACAGCUUAAAGGCCAUAGAAGCAAAAAAAAUAAAUGGAGCUUGGCUUGGCUAUAAGAGAAGAUGACAACGGGGACUUCGUAUUUUUUUUACCAAAAAAAAAUUAAGUUCCGGCUUUUUCAAGCAGCUGUUUUGUUUUUUUCAAGCAGACACAGUUCCAGUUUUUUCAAGCAAACCCUGUGGCAUCUCUGCAUGGCACAAAAAUGACUCACGGAUCAACUUUACUGGGCUUGGGUAGUCACAAAGCUAAAUCUAGACCCAUGAAUGCUUAAUAUAUAUGAGGCAUUCUGGUAAAAUGAGACGAAAAUGGGCACAGGCCGUAGCAGAGAAUAAUGCUAAAAAAAAACUGAAGGGGUGUUUUUUUUUUUUUUUUUUGAUUUUCAGACAUGUUAUAUAGUAUAAAAUAUGUGGAAUAAAAGUGUUUUUAAGGGAAAUCAAUUGGCAUAAAUUUUUACGGAUACAAAACUCAAAACUUUAACGGCCUUUUUCUCAGUAUUUUCACUUUUUUGACACGUUGAUAAAUGUUGAUAAGUUGUCAACAGCCAUAACUUGUCAAUGGAACGCCUGAUUGAAGUUCAAAAAACGGUAUUGUAAGGAGAGUUUUAUUCUCUAAUAAUACGAGCAAACCCUCAUUUCAACCUAUGCCCUGUUCUGUCUCGUAAUGCCUCACAUGUCUACUCGUGUAUCCCUGCAUGUACCUUAAAUAUGGCCGCAUUGCAAUGUAUCUAUAGGAAGUACACAGAAUGUAGCAAAAUGCAAUAAGAAUAGACAGAGCUCAGAAACCAAGUGGCUUAGGUGUAGAAUACGCUCAAAAAGUUUAAUGAUUUUUACUCCUUUCUUUGCCUCUAGGCAUAACUUCUGAUGUUACACAGACUAAGACAGUGCAUUUAAAGAUUUACAAAAUUUGACCAAAAUUAUUAGCAUUUCGGAAAAACAAAACUCUGCACAUAAACAUCCCUAAUCUUAAUUUUUUUUCUUUUAAAAUAUUGGCACUAAGUACAACCUCGACCCCAGGGCUACUUUUUCAACCCCUGGUUCAGAAACUUGCAUCCUGUUUCCUGAUUGGAUACAGCAAUAGCAAGUCAUGGAUUUAUAUCGCGUACUUUAUUUCCAAUGUGUUUUACGUAUUUUAUCAUUCAAUGUGAAUUAUUACUUCAAAACUUCCUCAAAAACAACUCCCCUUUUCCAUUUUGCUUGUAAUAAUAUGUAAUGCGAUACUGCAUAUUGGCUGGAUAAGAUUGUAACAUUUUACAUAUAUAUGAAGAAAAUUGUGUUUUCGGAUUUCACACCGCGACAAAUUGAUUGUGUUGUACCCCAGACGCCGCAUACAAAAAACAAGCACUGAUUGAAAGCACAGCCAGGCACCAGACUUCCUAAUGUGCAAGAUUUUUGAAAAUGCAUUGAUCUUAUACUAUGGGAACGAAGUUGCACUAUGCAUUUAAAUAAGAAUUGGUUGCAAAUUCUAUCGUAUGAAUAGUUUAAUUGCUGUACCCGCUGUUACGGUACAUGUACAUCAGAUUCGAACUGGCCAACUGAUCCUGCAAGCUCGGUGGUCGAGACGUCUGCACUAAAAAGUAGCUCAGUUGAUAAGACAUCUGCACUAGAAAGCAGGAGGUCGUGGGUUUGAGUCCCACCCGAGUGAUUUUUUCCAACUUUCACUCGGGAGGUAACACACUGAGUAUACAGUGUUUAAACGUUGGUGAAGGGCAAAAAGCUAAUAUUGAUUAACAUCACCCCGAUGCAAAAUUCCAUCUUAGGAAGCUGCACUACGUGUGUCAAUAUUUAGCUUGGUUCUACUUGUAUAUAUUUAUCCCUAAGUUGCUGAAAAAAUGUUUUUGUAGGCCAAAUAGAUGUAUCUUGCUUAAUUAUCUUGCUCAGUUGCAUAGCACUGAUCAAGGAUUGUAACGUUAUUGCUCAUGGGACUCUCUCCUUAAAAGGCUAGCGAGCUCGCUUUGUUGUACAAGUUGCCUUUGCAAGCAUGGUGGAUUUUUUUUUAAAUUUAAAUGAUCCUCCAGUCAUAUUUCUCUCAUAUAAAAAAAAUUGCAACAGUGUUAAAUAAUUUUAGGGCAAGUGAACAAUCAGAGUCCCAUCUCAGAACCGUGCUCAAAUGUGUGGUCAAUUGAGAGAAAAGGGUGAUUUUGGUUCAAAUAUAAUCUCAUUCACUGCAGUGAGGAAAAAGUACACAUAACGUGGAAUAACUAUAAUAUUGCAUAUAAACAUAGAAACUAUGAAGCUAGAUGAUUAAGUAAUCAUUAAUUAUACUAAAGUUUUACAGAUAAUAUUAAAAGUUGUACAAUCCAUUUCUGGUAUUUUGCAUACAGUAAGAGAAAUUUACCAUCUUGUUUUGGCAUAGUGUAAUUAAAAAUAUUUCUCAAACUUUUUACACUUUUCUGACGAAAACGUUGACGUUCUACUGAUUUGUACAAUGCGUUAACAUGCUUUUGGAAUUCUCUGUACAUGCAUAUAACUGUAUAUCAAAUUUUACACAUUUGUAGUAAUAAAUUCCAAUCGUUAAUACUUUCAAAA